CAAAACGACUUAAUUAAUUGUCAGGAUAUAAAACUGAAGAUAUAUAAGCCGAUAUUUUUUCGCCCCAUCAUGGAAUACGUAAAAUUCAUGAUUUUGCUGCUUCUGAUUGUGGUGUGUGACAGUAGUUGCCCAUCUACCUGGUACACUAUUCCUGGAAACCGAUGCAUCAAGGUAAACAAAUACGAGGUGGAUUUACCAGAAAUUGAAGACAGUACGAUGUGCGAGAAGUACACUAUUGGCACAAAGGUUGCAUCAUAUUUCUCCGUAACAUCUCCGAAAGACUUGGCCAUACUAGAUAAAUUUAAUUCUUGGAUAACUAAUAUCCACUUGGAUUGGAACUAUGUCGGAUCGACCUACUAUUACAACAAUGGAAGUAUGGUCGAUAUUCAUGAAUAUUCUUUAGAGGAUAUUACUGACAAUGGAGGAGGCGGUUGUGUUGUUGUGGACCUGGAAGAUAAAGAAUUUGACGCAAGCUGCCUUCGAAUGGAAGCUGGAUACGUUUGUGAAAUAAAACUUUGAAAUGUUUAAAAGUAGAAUUUAUUCUAUAAAUGAAAUAAAUUUGUUGAACACGUUUGGUGGAGAAAAAAAGAGGCGAGGGGUACAAGGCGUACCAAUGCUCACCUCAAUUCAAACA